GCUCAGCGCAAAAAUCGCGUGCGGACGUACAGAAAACGCGGCGAAUCGUAACAUUAAACGGAAAAAGUUUUUCAAUAGAGCCGUGAAAUUUCGCCACGCGUUGCUGCGUCCUGCAAAAAAGUAAACCACCACCAAAAAAAGAAAAGAUUCACACACACACAGAUAAACUUGAGAUGGCUCUUGUACCAGCAACGACCAACAAUACGGAUUGGGAUUUAUGGGAUUAUCGUCGUCGCUUGUGGCGCGAUUGGGAUUUGGCCGCAGAUUGGGAUGUACCCUACUGGAAGCGAUUGUCACGCGUCGGAUCUGCACCCGAUCUGAGUCGCGUUAUCGUUGGCAAGGAUGGUUUCGAGGCCAAUGUGGAUGUGCAUCAGUUCAAACCCUAUGAGAUUACCGUGAAGACAACCGGCGACACCGUUAUCGUCGAGGCAAAACACGAGAAGCGCCGCGAUGGCGACAGUUUUGUGGGUCGUCACAUUGUCAAACGAUUUGUCCUUCCACGUGGUUACUAUCCCAAUGAUGUGCGUUCCGAGCUCUCCUCCGAUGGCAUUCUCACCGUACGCUGUCCGCCGUAUCUGAGUAAUGAGCGCAGCGUCUACGUCCGUCAAGUGGGACCCUCGUACCUGAGCAUUAAGAACUAACACAUACAGAUACUAACACACCAGUAACACACACACACACACAGAGACACACACACGCACACACCAUUGUCGAGCAGUCGUUUUGUGUGUUGUAUGUUUUUAUUUACCGUUGUUUUCUGUUGGCGGCACUGCCUUGCGCAAAGCAUCCGAAAAUGGCACUUGAAGCGAAAUUUGUUUACAAAUUCAUUUAAUUAAUUUAAGAUACAUUUUCAGAAGCGCUUAAUUGCAUAGAGAGAAAAAAACACAAAAUCUUAUUGGACUUUUUUUGUAAUUAACCAAAACCACUUUUUAGUUAAAUAAAAUAAAAGUUUAAUUUAUUAAAAU